AUGUCUGUCCCAUCUCACCUCUAUCUACCCUUCGGGAUAGCGUCGCUGCUCUCUCUGCACGGCCUCCGCAAACGCUCGCUCUCGCCCUCGGGCGCGUUUGCGGCCUUCCUCGUCGGAUUCCUGACUUUUGCGCCGCCGUUGCGCGCCUUCGGCACGUCCCUGAUUGUAUUCUACCUCGUCGGUUCGCGUGCUACCAAGGUCGGCAAGGCGCUGAAGCGAAGCUACGAAGAGGGCUACGAAGAUGCGGGGUACCGGGACUGGAUGCAGGUCUUGUGUAACUCCGGGAGUGCGCUGGUGUGCGCGACGGUCUGGGCGAGCUCUUUCGCUCCGGGAUGGCUGGGAGGGUUAUCAGACCCAUUGGGCAGGGUAAUCGGGGUGAAGCCGGGGAAGGUCGCGUACAAGCCGGAGGAGUGGUGUCCUGUUAGUUCCGACGUCGCAAAUGGUCUUAGCAGGGCUUUGUUGUUCGGCACCCUAGGGCAUUUUGCGUGUUGCCUCGGGGAUACGCUCGCGUCUGAGCUUGGUAUCCUCUCGAAGUCGCGCCCGAGGCUCGUAACCACGUUCAAGGCACUUCUGUUUCACCCAUCGGUUCCUCCCGGUACGAAUGGUGCUAUGUCUACGAUGGGCACCCUCGCGUCGGUGGCAGGCGGAUCGAUCAUGGGUCUCACACUGCUGGCGUCGAUGCUGAUCGAAGUGCCUGCUUGCCGGCGGGGUUGGACCACUCAUGCAACUCAGUUGCUCACAUGGGGCUUUCUCGCCGGGGGCUUGGGGAGCCUUAUGGACUCUUUCCUGGGGGCCACAGUGCAGCGCACGCGCUACUCCAAGUCGCUGAACAAGAUCCUGUCGGACCACUCCAAACUCGCGAAGACUUCCUCGGACGACGUCAAAGUCGUCAGCGGGAUUGGCCUCUUGACGAAUAACCAGGUCAAUCUCGUCUCGUCUUUGCUCACGUCCCUCGUGCUAGCAAAGCUAGCCUGAGUUGAUAUUAGGAAGAUGUGCCGGAGAAGAUCCGGGCGACUGCCUUAGCCGGUCGCAUGAACCGAUCUUCUGACUUGCAUGAGCAUCUUCUUAACUCACGAGUAGUUGCCGGUGCAUAAUCCUCAGGAACAGCAGUGACAUAUACUUAUGAGACAGUUUACGGUUGC